GCCAAACAUUUAUGCAAACAAUGAUAGUUAACAAUGAUUUAAGAUUUGAUAUCAAAAAUGAUAAUAACAUUGAAAUUCAAUUSAAUAGCCCAUAUCAAACACUCACACAGGUGUACGGUAUUGUUAGACUAUGUAUAUACCUGAGCACUGUGGCCGAGUGCCAGCACCAGCACCAGCAAACUAGUAGUAUCGGUGCCAAUAUUGAUGGCCAAUCAUCAUCAUCAUCAUCAUCAUCAUCGCCAGUGCCUCAACAAUGUCAGUCAGCAUCGACAUCAUCGACAUCAACACCGACUGGUAGUGACGCAAACUAUUGUACAAAACUAACUGAAGAAAACCGCUGUAAUCUGAGAUUAAAUCGUACGCACCGUUAUAUCAUUGGUCGAUAYGGUUGCUCUGGUAGUAGUGGUGGUAGUAGUGGUGUUACAGUUGCUGGUGAUGWUARCAGCAGCGCCAGAGCACCGGCAGCUAAGCGAUCGACAAAUAGUUUUAAAGUAGUAAAGUUUGUUAAUAAGUUUUCGCUUAAUCAAUGUGUCGACUAUACUAUUAGUAGUGGUAGUGUUCAACAAUUGACUAGUUAUGACAAUACUGUUAUUGAUAGCACUAGCAAUACUACUACUAGUUAUGAUGGUAUGGACAGUAGUCGGGAAAAGUUGAUUAUCAUACUGACCACAACUAUAAUACCGUUAACUUUAUUGUUGACUAUUGUAUCGAUUUGUUGUUAUCUAAGACAUAAAAACCGGACUAACAAUACUAUACCAAUGAAGAGGUUUGACUGUUUUGGUGUGAAAAUACUUAAACAAAUGCCAUAUAAAAGUAAGUCAAGGAAGAGAAGAGUUGAUAAGAUGCCAACCAGUGAUGGCAACCCAAGUAGUCUAACUACCAGUGCCAGUGCUGCCAGUGCUGUCAUCACAAUGGAUAACAUACAGCCUAAAGGUAGUGGUGGUGGUGGCGAUACCUUCAAUAUUAACGGUUCAGCGGCUGCUGCUAAUCGGCGGCCAGUAGUUGACGAGUCGCGGCCAAUAUCUGUACGCGAUUUUCAUGAAUUUUAUCGCCAAAAUCGGGCCGACAGUGGCCUCAGAUUGGCCGAAGAGUACGAACAGAUUAAGGACGCAACUGUCGGYCAAUCGGCGGUCGGCGCCAGUAUACGUACGACCAAAAUAUCGCAGUUUACCGUAAAUAAGCCGAAAAAUCGAUUUGUUAAUAUACUUCCCUAUGAUCACUCAAUAGUGAAAUUAAAAUUUAAUAACGAUAUCAUCGGAUCCGACUAUAUUAAUGCCAACUAUAUUAGUGGUUUCCAUUCGGACGAGGAGUAUAUCGCAUGUCAGGCGCCCCUAAACUCUACAGUMAACGACUUUUUUCGUAUGAUUAUUGAACAAAAUGUCAAAAUUGUGGUCACAUUAACCCAAGUCAUCGAAAAAGGACGGUAUAAAUGUGAAAGAUAUUGGCCAACCAAUGAUGAUAUUGUCGACAAYGAUUCAAACAGUCAUAACAGCAGUWGUGGAGGAAGUCAUACAACAAAUCCAAAGCUAACUGUCCCUCAAUUGACUUUCGGYGACAUAACCAUUGAAUUGUUAGAYGAAAGGCGCGAAAAUGAUUUUAUAGUCAGAAAUUURAAACUAAUAAAAGAAGACACUAUCAUUGCCUAA